GCAGGUCUACUUCCGUCAGGAGGUUCUCUGCCAGACACUAGGAGGGAAUUCAUGUCUAUUGGUGACCGUCACUGCCAUGCCCGAAUCUAACAGCACUGACCACCUGGAGCAGCUCCGUUGCAGUGCUUUUGUCCACAAAGGCUGUAGAGAAAGUCUGGCCUCCUGUGCAAAGGUCAAAAUGAAGCAGCCCAAAGGGAGCCUUCAAGCACAUGACACAUCUUCGCUGCCCACGGUCAUUAUGAGAAACAAGUCCUCCCAGCCCAAGGAGUGCCCUCAGUCCGCAGUCCUCCUGGCCCACGAAACCACUGCCGCCCCCAUGUUUGCUAACAGACGGUCCCAGCAGAGUGUGUCGCUCUCCAAAAGUGUCUCCAUUCAGAACAUUGCUGGAGUUGGCAAUGCUGAGAACAUAUCAAACACCUGGAAAUUCCUGUCUCAUUCAACAGACUCACGAAAUAAAAUCAGCAAGGUCAAUGAGUCAACAGAGUCCCUUACUGAUGAGGGUACAGACAUGAAUGAAGGGCAGCUAAUGGGAGACUUUGAGAUUGAGUCCAAACAGCUGGAAGCAGAGUGCUGGAGUCAGAUAGUGGACAGCCAGUUUCUGAAACAGCAAAAGAAAGAUGUGGUCAUACGGCAAGAAGUGAUUUAUAAGCUGAUGCAGAUGGAGUUCCAUCACCUCCGCACACUCAAGAUCAUGAGCGACGUGUACAGCCGUGGCAUGACAGCCGACCUGCUCUUCAAGCAGCAGAUGGUGGAGAAGCUCUUCCCCUGUUUGGAUGAGCUGAUCAGUAUCCACAGCCAGUUCUUUCAGAGGAUCCUGGAGCGGAAGAAGGACUCUCUGGUGGAUAAAAGUGAAAAGAACUUUCUCAUCAAGAGGAUUGGGGAUGUGCUUGUGCACCAGUUUUCAGGAGAGAACGCAGAACGCUUAAAGAAGACAUACGGCAAGUUUUGUGGGCAGCACAACCAGUCUGUAAACUACUUCAAAGACCUCUAUGCCAAGGAUAAGUGUUUUCAGGCCUUUGUGAAGAAGAAGAUGAGCAGUUCAGUCGUAUGGAGGCUUGGAAUCCCAGAGUGUAUAUUGCUUGUAACCCAACGGAUCACCAAAUACCCGGUUUUGUUCCAAAGAAUAUUGCAGUGUACCAAAGACAGUGAAGUGGAACAGGAAGAUCUAGCUCAGUCCCUGGGCCUGGUGAAGGAUGUGAUUGGAGCUGUGGACAGCAAAGUGGCGAGUUAUGAAAAGAAGGUCCGUCUCAAUGAAAUUUAUACAAAGACAGAUAGCAAGUCGAUCAUGAGAAUGAAGAGUGGUCAGAUGUUUGCCAAGGAGGAUCUGAAGCAGAAGAAGCUCGUGCGGGAUGGGAGCGUGUUUCUGAAGAGCACAACAGGGAGGCGGAAAGAGGUUCAAGCGGUCCUGCUUACUGACGUUUCAGUUUUCCUUCAAGAAAAAUACCAGAAAUACGUCUUUGCGUCAUUGGACCAGAAGUCAACGGUGAUCUCCCUAAAGAAGCUGAUUGUAAGAGAGGUAGCACACGAGGAGAAAGGUUUGUUCCUAAUCAGUAUGGGGAUGAAAGAUCCAGAGAUGGUGGAAGUCCACGCCAGCUCCAAAGAGGAGCGGAACAGCUGGAUUCAGAUCAUCCAGGACACGAUCAGCACCCUGAACAGAGAUGAAGAUGAAGGAAUUCCUAGUGAAACUGAGGAAGAAAAGAAGAUGUUGGACACCAAAGCUCGGGAGUUAAAAGAGCAACUUCAGCAAAAGGGCCAGCAGAUCCUACUCUUACUGGAAGAGAAGGAGAUGAUUUUCCGGGACACGACUGAGUGCAGCACUCCCUUGCCAGAGGAUUGCUCCCCAACUCAAAGCUCUAGGAUCCUCUUCCGAUCCAAGACAGAAGAGGCUCUCAAAGCAGGGCCUUUAAUGAAAAGUGCCGUAAAUGAGGUGAAGAUCCUUCAGGGUUUGGUGAGUGGAAGCCUGGGAGGCACACUUGGGCAGGCUGUCAGCAGCCCUGUUGAACAAGAAGGCAUGGUAGGCCCCGUUUCCUUGCCCUGGAGAGCAGAGACCUUUAGAGGAUUUGACAGCCAUCAGAUGAAUGCUUCAAAAGGAGGUGAGAAGGAAGAGGGAGAUGAUGGCCAAGAUCUUAGGAGAACAGAAUCGGAUAGUGGUCUGAAAAAGGGUGGAAAUGCUAACCUGGUAUUUAUGCUUAAAAGAAACAGUGAGGCAAGAACAUUAUGA